GGAAUGAGCUGAAAGUCUUACAAAAAAUGCUUAAAAAAAUAUUUGACUCGUGACAGACGAUGAGAGUUUUGGAAGUUCUUCUCCAUCAUAUUAGCCAACCCUCAAAUUUUUAGGUGUUUUGUUGUUUUGUAUGGAUUCUCUCUCUCUCUCUCUCUCUCUCUCUCUCUCUCUCUCUCUCUCUCUCUCUCUGUGGUUAGCAGCAAUAAACAAAAACAAUCAAAUUCAUGUGGCAAAAGAUGCUAAUUUGGUGAAAAAUGGCAGAAGUGAGCUCGAGUGUUAAGACUCCUCUAAUUCCAGAUCAUCGAGAAUUUGAUGGUGAAACAAUACCAUCUCAAAGAGGAAUUUGGAGAGGUGGGGAUGUUAUUGAAGAAGCAAAAUUGCAGCUAUGGCUGGCAGGGCCUCUGAUUGCAGUGAGCUUGUUGCAGUACAGCUUACAAGUCACAUCUGUCAUGUUCGUUGGCCAUCUUGGAGAGUUGGCACUCUCCAGUGCUUCCAUGGCCUCUUCAUUUGCUUCUGUCACUGGUUUCAGUGUACUGCUGGGAAUGGGAAGUGCAUUAGAAACCCUAUGUGGACAAGCCUACGGAGCCAAACAGUACCACAUGCUUGGAGUCCACAUGCAAAGAGCAAUGCUUACACUAUUAGCAGUAAGCAUCCCCUUAGCAGUCAUCUGGUUCUACACAAGCACCAUUCUCAUGGCUCUUGGCCAAGACCAUGAGAUAUCUGCGGAGGCAGGAACCUUUAACCGCUGGAUGAUUCCGAGCCUGUUUGCCUAUAGUCUCCUCCAAUGCCUCAACAGAUUUUUACAGACACAAAACAAUGUGUUUCCAAUGAUGAUCAGCUCUGGAGUCACAGCUCUUCUUCACAUUGUGGUCUGUUGGGCACUUUGUUUUAAAUUCGGACUGGGAAACAAAGGCGCAGCAUUGGCAAUUUGCAUUUCGAAUUGGGUUAAUGUGGUGUUACUGGCAUGUUACGUGCAGUUCUCGUCCGCCUGCAAGAACACUUGGACUGGAUUUUCAGAAGAAGCCUUGAAUGAUAUUGUCAGUUUUGUCAAACUUGCGAUUUCAUCAGCUAUAAUGAUAUGCUUCGAAUAUUGGUCUUUCGAAAUGGUUGUUCUCUUGUCUGGUCUUCUCCCGAACCCAAAACUGGAAACAUCCGUAUUAUCGAUAAGCCUUAACACAUGUUGGAUGGUUUAUAUGAUCUCAGUUGGUCUCGGCAGUGCUAUAAGCACCAGAGUGUCGAAUGAAUUGGGAGCAGGACGGCCGCAAGGCGCGCAAUUAGCUCUACGAGUCAUGACUGCAAUGGCUUUGUUAGAGGGUGCUGGAAUCGCAACAGCAACGGUUUUGGUACGCUUUGUUUGGGGAAAGCUCUACAGCAAUGAGAAUGAAGUGAUUGUAUAUGUUGCUAGAAUGAUGCCACUGCUUGCACUUUCCGACUUCUUGGAUGGAUUCCAAUGUGUGCUUUCAGGGGCUGCCAGAGGGUGUGGAUGGCAAAAUCUUUGUGUAGUCAUAAACCUUGGUGCUUACUAUGUUGUCGGAAUUCCUACUGCUGUGCUUUUUGCUUUCUUCCUCCAUAUUGGAGGCAUGGGGCUUUGGAUGGGGAUCAUUUGUGGGCUUCUUGUUCAAGUCACAGCACUUGUUGCAGUAAAUUUGUGCACUGAUUGGCAUGAAGAGGCAACGAAAGCUGCGAAUAGUGUCCAAAGUACUGUCUUAGCCAUCGACAAGGCAACAUAGAUUAGAAACGAAAGAACAACACCUUGUAAUAGGAGCAAGGGUUCAAUAUGUUUCCAGAACUUCAAAGAACUGCAUUCCAUUUUCAAUUUAAUUUCCAACACAAUA